AUGGCGAGCACAUCGGAACCUUCCUCUUCGCCAGAAAUCGAAAGCGAGCAACUAAUUCGUCGUACUUCCAAACGAAGAACUCUCAACCCUGAACGCUCUGCGCAGAUCGGGGAAUCAAGUAGAUCGGCCUCCGAAGUCCCACCACACCUGGUUCGCUGUUCAACAGGAGCCUCAAACUUGCCGUCAUCAUUUCGUCUCGAAGAGGAAAAUACCGAACUGACUCCGGAUGUACUUGCUCAAGAAGAAGAUCGGUUCGUACCCCUGGGAUUUUCGAUCGAAGAUAUCGAUCUGUUGUACGACCAUGAAGGACGAAUUGGAGGCGAAAAAAGUUUGAGUUCGACUAAAUCCGUGAACGACAUGCUGAACUCGUGUGGUUUAUUCAACAACAACGUCACAAUUUUGAUUCCGCGAGAAGAUCAACGCCCCUGGAAUCCCCCGGAAGGGUAUAUAUGCUUGUACGAGGGUUACUUUGACGAGUGUCGUCUCCUGUUCCCAAUCCCGGAAUUGAUAUCACACUACGCCCAAAGACGGAGGAUAGCGAUCUGCCAGUUCGUGCCUGGAGCCAUUUGUAACUUUAUGGCCGCCCUUACCGUAGCAGCCGAAGUCGGAGUCAACAUUGGAGUUCAAUGUUUCGAACAACUAUCCAGCUUUAAGUUAUCAAAGAGUCCGCACCGCUGGGAAGUGAAUAUGAAGCCGGCCCAUAAUUUCAUCCCCGGUAAAAAAGUAUCCAAAUUCAAGAAGUAUGUGGACCAUUACUUCUACGUCCGCGUCGACCAGUACUCACUCGCCAAUCCGUUGGGUUUUCAGCGGAGAGUGUGGAAUGAAAAUCCUGAUCGUCUGUUUUGUGCAACGCGCCUAGCUCCAAACUAUCUCCUUGUCAGAGACGCUUUGCUAACCGGGAACAAUCGUCGGUGGGAGCUUAUCACUCGUAUCCGUAUUGAAACAGCAAUGGGCAAAGCUAGGACAAAUUUUCCAAGUUUCGCCAGUUCGCUAGGACGAUCUACCGGAUGCAGUAUCAUGGAGCCCAAAGAUCUCCAGAUUGUUCGCCGAGACACUCAAGCUGUCAUUGAAGUCGAGAUCGAUCAAUCCCAGGGUCUAACCGAAGUCGAUCCUACCCCGGACCAAACCGUCGCCGACCCUAUUCAGGCACCCGGAGAAGAUAUCGAGCCGUCCAAUGUUGCAGAGAAAGAUACUCUUCCUUUGGCUUUAGAGAACACCGAUCUCCCGAACGAAGAACAGGAUGUUCCUCAACUUGAGACCGGAUCCAAAAGGAGGAAGAAGAAGAAGAAGCAAUCCGGUGAUAACCCAGCCACUGAGCCGCAACCUGUAGUGAACCGCAAGCGCUUGGCCGAAGAAGCCGGACUGGAAUCUGCCGAUCGGUUUCGUCUGGAAAGGAGAAAUGAUAAGACUGAUCGCUUCUCCUACCACUACUUCGGUGACUACCGUCUAGUGACCAAUCAUGAGGCUUCAGGCGAGCUCUUCCGAACCUUGAAGACCUCCAAUCGAAUCCUUCCGUCGGUGGACAAACUGGAAUUCAAACAGGCGUUCGUUGAUGUUGCCGAAUCCCACCUAAUGACUGCCGCCAAGAUGAACACGCUAACUCAAUUAUACGAUAGGUGUGCCAAGUCCAGCAAGAAGUCGGGAUUGGAGCUCGAAAAAAUGAACGAAUGCGCAGAGCAGAUCCGAGCUGCCAGUGAUGCUAAGGACGCAAGGAUCAAGGAACUCGAGGCGCUUGUUGCCGAAAAAGAUGGCAUCAUUGCCAACACCGAACUGAGGGUUGGCGAACUGAACUCCCGAGCGCUUACUCUAGAAGAAGAGAAAGUCGAAAUGCAGGAUUCAUGCGACGGGUUGAAGGUUCAGCUUGCUUUCGAAGUUAAGAGACUUCGGACAGAUCGAUGGGAGAAGGUGGAGCGAACAGCGAAGAAAGCGCAGUCCCGAUUAGACAAGGUCAAGGCCUAUCUAGUCGAACAGGUAAAGGUUCGCCCCCUGGAAGAUCUGCUGAACCAAGCCACCGGCGUGCAGGAAGCUGUACAAUAUCUGAUUGAAAAUGGGGCCGUCAUUCCUGAAGAGCGAAUCAAGGAGAUCAACGAGAAAAAGGCCGAAGCCAAGGAGACUUUCAAGGCGAUCGAUGUACUCGAGCUGAAUGAAGAUGACCUUGCCAUGUCCCCGGAUCAGCUCGAGACGACGGCUCCGGAGUCCGUUGAACAUCCAUUCGGCUCGAACGCCGGGAGUUUUCAAGCAGAUCUGUCUGGUGCCUUGGACGUGUAA